UUCAAGCGAAAGAAACUCCAAUUACCAGUGCAAGAACAACUAGCCAAGUCAAAAAGAAAGAAAUAAACCAAAACCUAUUCCCAAUUGUGUUCCAAGUGAAAUUGAUUGCAACAGAUUACAGAGAAUUCGUUGAGAGUAUAAAAGACAAGCUUCAAACAGAAACGGAAGUCAGUAAGCAACGGAAGCAAAUGGCAAACUAUAGACAACAUUUGAAGCUUGUGCUUUGCCUCUAUUUGGCCACAAUUGGUGGUGCAAAUGAGGUGCAGCAUCAGGAGGUGGAUUCCUUACAUCGCAGCAAACGAACUUUGACCACAAUUUGUGUAGAGAUCAAACCAAGUGGUCCACAGGAGGAGCCCUAUUAUAUGUGCAAGGGAGCGGACUUUAGAGGCGGCGGUGGAGGCGAUGGUCGAGGCGGUGGUGGAGGUGGUGGACAACAGGAACAGCAACCACAGUUGCCACAGCCACCAAAUGUUCAGCCAGUUUAUCAACCUGUGACACCUAUUGCUACCUUUCCGUCAUUUCCCGCCUUUGCCGGUGGGUUUAUUCCAGUUCAGCCCGUCCAUGAGGAACCCAGCAAAAUUACACAGACAACGACGAUCUACCAGGGCCAGCCCCAAUCGCAAACCCAAAGCAAUUCCCAUAUCCAACCAGUCCAAGGCCAGCAUGGAACAAUUCCAGGCGGCGAGCAAUAUCCUUCUCCCACUGCGCCUGCUGCUCCUACGCAAUCGUAUGGCAUGCCAACAGUUCCUUACCCAAAUCAAGGAGGCCCAUCAGCAGUUGCAGGAGGAAUUGCAGCAGGCCCAGGCCCAGCGGCCACGCCCAUUACAUAUAAUCCUGCAGCAGCUAAGAAACCGUCGGGAGCUCACAAAAUCACGUCAUCAAAGCCAUCGUCGAGACCAUCGUAUGAAUCCUCUUAUGCUCUAGGCAGUCGUUAUCGCCCCGGACUAGAUGAAGAUGUCUUAGCCCUACCGAAUGUGGGUUUCCAACGAGACGAGCUUAAUCAACAGUACCGCUUGGCUCAGAGUGAGCCACAGUCCUUAGUGGGUGCAGUGCAGCAGCAACAGCAAAAUCAGCCCAUGAUAUGGUUGCCACAACCUCAAGCCCAGUCCCAGCCGAUACUUGGCUCGCCUGCCAUGCCCGAUUAUCAUGAUGAUCCGGUGAUGAGAGCAUUUUAUGGUAGUUUACAACCAACGGCAUCAGCACCACCACCACCCCAAGUGGCUGCUCCUCCACAAGUGGAGAGUCCAAAACAAAAAGAAAUGCUGGCUCUGUCAGGACCUACCCUAUUUGAUGCCUUGCUGGGACAGCCAGCUCCACCUAGCUAUUAUGGCUCCUACCCUGGAUAUGGAGGACCACCGACAAUGCCACCACCACCACCUGCUUAUCCCAGGGCAGAUUCCUACAAUGGUUGCAAUUCAGCUCCAUCUCCACCACGACAGUGUCCAACGGCAGCGUCAGAGACGUGUCCCAGUUUCCAACCGGUCAUCAUAGCCAUGCCUUGCUUUGGCCAACAGCCACCCACCCAUUAUCUGGCCAUGCCCAAUCAGGCACUGACUUCGACGGGUCCACUUCAAGAGUCUCUUGGUUUUGCAAUGUCACCGCAAGUGGGCAAUCCAUUUGGUAUGUCCAAUCAAUUCGGAAUGUCUCCUCAGAUGGUGCAAUCGGGAUUUUCAAUGAAUAGCCAAGUUGGAGCUUCAUAUCCAAUGGCUAAUCCUCAGGUUGGUGGACCAUUUGGCAUUGGUCCAGUAUUGAAUCCAUUCGGAGCUUUGGGAAAUCUAAAUCCCUUCAAUCCCUUCAAUCGGAUACUGGGAGCUCCAGCUCCAACCACACCUCAACCAACCAUGAAUCCUCUUAAUCGUUUAUUUGGCUUCGGAAGAAAUGGAGAAUUAUCCACUACAGUUGCUCCAUCGAGGGAUUCUUCUACAGCAACCACAGCCGGACUAUCCACCAGUAGCACCACCAUGACAACGCCCAGUUCAGAGCAACCAGAUGUCAAAGUGGGAGCAGCACUCGAUAGCGAUGAAUUGGACGAUGAGGACGAAGAGGAAGUCUUGGACGAUGACUCAAUGGUAGCUCCCACCACCGAAAUGGCAAGUGGCGAGGCCAGUGUGGGUAAAUCCCUAGAGACCUCGGAACUCACUGCCCAGCAAUAUGUCGACAAGGCCACGGAUAAACUCAAAAACGAUAAACGGAAGCGGCACAACAAUUCCCGGUCCAUGAGCCUUAGCAAUAGUUCACAAAAACGCAAAUAUCUGCAACAGUUGUAGCUAUAUUCAAUUCCAUAAUAAUACGAAUAAAAACAAUUAGACUUAUAUAACUCUAGGCUCAAUCUCACUCCAAAUCAGUCGAAAUGACACAUCCUGUAAAAGGCGAUAAAAUAGUCCAAAAGAGAUGGGGAAUUACGUGCACUUGCUUUUAAUUUGAUGGAACUUUACCCAAACCAAAGACCCCAUAAAAAAGAUUGGACUUGGAGAGAACCUUUCUGUUUAUUAUAUCCCCUGAAGGCCCUCAUUUUUAUGCUUAGUUAAUCUAAUUUAUAAAUCGCAACAUUUGCAUGGAGUCCAUUAAUUUAAUUCGCAAAUUAGUUAGAAUUAGUUGAAAGAAUCAUCAAGUGUGGAUCAUGAAAUUAUAUGAUCUUAUGUGUGUAUGGUCUUUAUAUCAGAAAUGUAUCUACUAUAACUAUUUAUAACCAUGUAUCUUUUAGUAGG